UGGAAGGGGUUGGCAUAGGUUUAUUUUUUUUCUUUCAAAAUUGUCCAAAAAAAUUAUUAUUUGAAAAUGAUUUAACUAAAAAUUGGAUGAAAUGUUAAGAAUUUAGACGAUAGGGGGGAAAUUGGCGAAAAAAAGAAGUUCAUAUCCUUAAUUUUCUAAAAAAAAAAAAUAGGGAGUCAAUCGAAAGUUAAGUACAAGUUCAGGGGGCAAAUCACUAGUAUACCCCAAAAUGUAUUGUCCAAGUGUUAGGCUUAAAAUUUUGCCACAAGUGCAGGAGCGUGUGAGAAUGUGAAGGUAAAAAUUCUAACAUUGGAAAGCUAGAAAACAUUGUAAGGACUUAUAAAGAGUUGGGCUACUCACCCCAUUGUCAAUUUCCUUCAGUUAGAAAUUGCCAACGUUUACGUGCACGAUUGACGACCUAUCCUUACUUCAAAGACUAAUGCCGAAAUGACCCCAGCUAGAUAAUUUAUUAAAUGGGAUGAAUUCUGUUCAAAAACUGUGGUUCUUUAGAUUGAUACUAGCCUACAGAAUAGCUAUUUGAGUAUUUUUCUUGUGCUAGGUGAACUGCCCUAUUCCAUAUUAUUCUAAUUAAUUAUCUAAAUGAAUACUAUUAAUUCAAGUUAAUGCUUAAAAAAUAAUAUUGAUUCAAAUUAAUGAUAUGGCCCUAGAGAGGGAAGUAAUUAUUAAUUAAGGAAAAGAAAGAAAAAAAAAAUCAGAGUUUGUGAUGGCAUGGCCUCUCCCACACAUCCGGUUUCGACAUUCUUACAACACUCGAAAUUAAUACAUGGGUUUUUCCGAACCAACCCAUUUUCAUGGUUGGUUGUUUCAAUCCCGCUCUGAAGAGAAAAUCAAUUUCUUGUCCAAGUCAAAGUCCUCCAUCAAAUGUCCUCAUUAUUUCUUCACCAUUAUCUCUAAUGCAUCCCCUAAUUCCUGCAUAUCCAUGAUUUCUGAGUUUUAAGAUUAUUGUUUUGUUUUCAUGACCUCAUUAUUUUCUUAACCCUUUUUAAAAAUUUUAAAACUUUCCUUUGAAGUCAAUGACACAAAAUACCCUACACUCUCCUAUAUAAAUUGGCACCACCCCGUCAAACCUUCUCUCAUUCUCUCACUCCUCUUCUUCUCCCUCUUGUGAUCACUUAUUUUGAGUGAUUUUGAGUACUUUUCUUCAUAUUCUGCCUACUUGUUUAGAUUUUUAGGAUGAACAAACUUAGACAACAUAGUUUCUUGGCAUUCUUAUGCCUCCUCCUUAUACUUCCAACUUUAGUUUUCGGAGAGUGCACAUGUGACGAAGAAGAAGAUGGGGACCGGAACAAAACCGAAGCCCUCAAGUACAAACUGGCCGCGAUUGCAUCGAUACUAGUUGCCAGUGCAAUCGGUGUUGGCAUUCCGAUUCUUGGGAAGACCAUCCCGGCUUUGCACCCCGACAGGAACAUCUUCUUCCUCAUCAAGGCCUUUGCAGCCGGUGUCAUAUUGGCUACCGGGUUCAUACAUGUGCUUCCGGAUGCUUUUGAUAAUUUGACAUCGCCUUGCCUUAAGGAGAAUCCAUGGGGGAAGUUCCCCUUCACUGGGUUUGUGGCCAUGGUUGCUGCCAUUGGGACUUUGAUGGUGGAUGCCUCUGCCACUUCUUACUACAGCAGGUCUCACUUCAAGAACAAUAAGGCUCGGCCUGCGGAGAGCUGCGGUGACCAGGAGAAGGCUGGAGAGCAUGAGGGUCACGUGCAUGUUCAUACUCAUGCAACUCAUGGUCAUGCUCAUGGUGCAGUUGACACCUCACCUACAACACAACUUCUUAGGCACAGAGUGAUUUCACAGGUUUUGGAGUUGGGGAUUAUUGUGCAUUCUGUCAUUAUUGGAAUUUCUUUAGGUGCUUCUGAAAGUCCCGACACCAUAAGGCCUCUUGUAGCUGCCUUGACCUUCCAUCAGUUUUUCGAGGGCAUGGGACUUGGUGGAUGCAUAUCUCAGGCGAAAUUCACGGCUCGAGGAGUUGCAAUCAUGGCUCUGUUCUUCUCUCUUACAACUCCUGUUGGAAUUGCAAUUGGUAUCGGAAUUUCAAACGUUUAUAAAGAAAACAGCCCAACUGCCCUCAUCGUUGAAGGCGUUUUCAACGCAGCAUCAGCCGGUAUCUUAAUCUAUAUGUCCCUUGUUGAUCUGCUAGCAGCUGAUUUUAUGAACCCAAAAUUGCAGAGCAAUGGAAGACUUCAAGUUGGGGCUAAUAUAGCUCUUCUUCUUGGAGCUGGUUUUAUGUCUCUGCUAGCCAAAUGGGCUUAAACUAAGCAGUCUAGGAUGUCGAUAAUUUUUUGUUCUUUUUCUUUGUGCCAUUUGCUAGUUUGUUUUUUUCUCAAGUUCUGUGUUUUAUUUCUCCAUAAUUAGCAUCAAAUUAUGUAGUUUAAAUCUCAGAAUUCUGUGUCAAAAAAAAAAAAGCAUUAAGU